CUUAUUUGUAUUUAUUAGUAAAGAAUAUUAUAAAUAUAAUUAUAGAUAGAUUUUAUUGAAAUAAUUUUUUAAAAUCUCUUCCUUUUAUUCCCUUUUACAGAGGGUGAAGGAGAGGCGGCACGUUCUAUUUGACUAAUCGACGUCCGGCGAUUCGUUCUGCCUUUUUCAUCAAUUUCUCCAACUCCCCACCCCUUCACUCACUCUCUCUCUCGCUUUUGCUCAUUCGCUCUCUCUCUCUCUCUCUCUCUCUCUCUCAUUCUGUUUUUUUAUUCUUACCCUGCGCGCUUAGGCGCGCUAUCACAUGGCGAAUCGAAAUGCAUUUAUCUACCUCAUCCUGUUAAGUUUAGCCAUUGUCAAAUGUUGUUGUUACAAAGUUAAUCGGACUAGAACGAAGACUCCGGAAGAGAGAUUAUUGGAUAAUAUCCUAACCAGCUACGACAGGGACGCAAGAGGAGUUCUUAAGGUCUCCGAUACCGUUACAGUUACUGUAAAUUUUAUGCUACUUCGGAUUCAAAGGUUAGACGAAAGAAGUCAAGCUAUGCUUACAACUGGAUUAGUUAUAACCGAAUGGACCGACGAACGCUUGAGGUGGUCACAAGAGAAAUAUUGGAAUAUAUCAGAUGUAGUUGUAACGGCUGAUAGAAUAUGGUUACCGGAACUGGCAAUCAUUAACGGAGCGGAUGAUAAUGUACAGGACUUUGAAAAAAUUCGUGUCCUUAUUGCUCACAAUGGUUUGGUUCAUUGGGAACCUGGCGGUGUUUUUUCAACCACUUGCGAUAUUGACAUAUCCUACUUUCCAUUUGAUACUCAAGAGUGUCCUAUUGAGAUUGGUGCUUGGGCCUACACCAGCUCAAGGAUGAACUUGACCAAUGUCGCAUCAGAGAUGGAACUGCAGGAAUUUAAGCUAAAUGGUGAAUGGGAUAUCUUUAAGACUACUGCAGAAUGGAAAGAAGUAAUUUUACCGUGCUGCCCUCAUAUUCGUUACAGCAAAGUGCUUUUUACUAUUCAUAUGACGAGACGAUUUACCUUCUAUAUAAUGAACAUCAUAUUACCCUGCUCUCUCUUAUCUAUACUUAUACUCGUCGUCUUUUGCGUUCCCCCUGAUGCUGGCGAAAAGAUUUCAGCCGGAAUAUCUGUUCUCUUAGCCUUUACAGUUUUUCUUCUCAUGUUAGCAGAUAACGUGCCUCGAACCAGCUUGGAUAUUCCAGUUCUCGUUAUGUAUUUAACGACGACGAUGGCACUAGGAACAGCAAGCGUCUGCUUGAGCGUCAUAGUUUUAAAUAUCCAUUAUAAAGGGGGCUAUACUCCUAUGCCUGCUUGUGUGAGAACACUCUUUCUAGGGCAUAUUGCAAAAUUUGUUUUCGUAAAAAAUGAUACAACUGAAAUUAAGUCACUAUUGGACGAACACUGCAAUAGACAAGCUGCUAUGCAUCAAUUAGACGUCGUCGACGAAGCGUCAACGACAUCCUCUAAUACACAAUAUUCUUAUCCCGUUAUUACAAAAGGGCCCACCAGAAUUUACAAGCCACAAGUUGCUGCCGAUAAAAGACGUUCUGAUUGUGCAAAAGAAUGGCGAACUUUAGCGACAGUCCUAGAUCGUCUUUUCUUUAUAAUAGUUUUAUCGAUAAUGUUUUUAUCAUCUUUACUAAUUUUAACUAGUUCUUUACGCCGAGAGGUAUAAAAUUCAGAUAUAUAUAUAUAUAAAUAUAUAUAUAUAUAUAUAUAUAUAUAUCAUUAUCUUUUUAAUUGAACAUUACACAUCCUUUUCUUAGUUUGUCUCUCUCUCUCUCUUUCAUUCACUUUUUUUUUAUAAAUUAGAUAAUACAUUCAAACUUCUGCAAUCUAUUAUGGAAGUUGGAAUAAUUCUUAUCAUUUGCAUAAUUUUUUAAAAUACAAAAAGAAUUUUGAAAAUAAACAAAAAAUAAUUAAUUAUGCAUUAUGUUAAAAAAAUAAUGUAUAUAUUUAUAUAUUCAUAUACUGUGUAUAUAUAUAUAUAUAUAUAUAUA